AUGGAUUCAAACGAACUUCAGGACCUUGUAAGCGGUACAUGCAGAAGAAAUUCAAGUCUGAUAACAAUUCAAGAAGGAAGAAGAUGUAAAUUUAAGACAACCUACGGAAAUCUACGCACUAAUUAUCCCCACUCAUACGGGAACUAUCCGGAAUCCCGUGCUCUGAUUUCCCUGCACUUCACACUCUCAACCAAUGAUAAGGAGCAGCUGUAG